AUGGACAAGACACCCGAGAUGGCAUCCCGGAUAUCUACGGGGAGGCGUCAUCUCUUCUCACGCGCAAGUCUUCAUCUGAGCGUCAACAUUCUGGCCUUCUCUUCAUCGACAGCCCCGAAGAGAAAACGUGCUACACCUUCGCCGACAAUCAGCUUAGCAGAGUUUAACGUGGUCUGUCAAAGGCUUAAAACCGAGCGAGAAAGUCAGUCGAACCUUCCAUUCAACACCCGGGCGAAUCAAUCACGUCCAGAAGACCACGACCGAAACGUUGGAGCUCCUUCGCUUCCAUCUAAGAAAGCUGUGAGACCUCAGACCGCGUGGAACUUUACCAGCCUUCCCAAAAGCGUAAUUGAGCAAAAAAAGAAGAAGAAGAAGAAGAAGAAGAAGAAGAAAAAAUAUCCGUACGGGGGAAUAAUCAAGUCUGCAAGAAUAUUUACUUACUUGCUUCCCACCGCUACCGCUCCGGUACAUCGACACGACCCAGCUCCAGUCAAGGCCACCUCAGUCAGUCCGUCACGCACGCACGCACGCAUACAUAAAUACCCUCAGGCGCAGGCGCAGGCGCAGGCUCUUCGUCGCCGCGGUGUCCUCUCAUCUAUCCAGAAUCUAGAAUCCAGGAACCAGAAACCGAUGCCGAUGCCACUCUUACCGGCUGAAAUACACUUGCGAGGCACGCUGGUGCAGAGGAGGACCGGUCCACGACCGGCGAUGGAGUUGCUAGUAGUAGUACCUGCAGCGAAAGCCGGGAGCGAUCCCAGAGGGUUUCCUUUACCUUUUACCUUUUACCGUUACCGUUACCUGCGGAGCGCCGUGCCGCGCCGUGCCGUGGACGGGAGGACGUACGUACUAUACAGUAGUGAAGCGAAGGAUCGCGAAAGCACUCAUGGCGCGACGAAGCUGGUUUCGGUCGGUAGUGGGUCAAACAAGGGGGGAUACGGUACGGUACUGUACAUGAGCGCGGUACGCCGCACCUCCGUGGGUCUGAGCCGGCGGGGAUACUGCGACAGUACGGACUGCGAGGUACUACUACAGUACAUACAGUUUCUGACGGGCGCAAAGCCCUUGCUUGCCACUGGACUCGGUCACGGGGAUGUCGCUCGCUUGCCGAGUCAGGCAACCCUCUCGGCAACGGGAACGAUCUCUGCGUCCCGACACACGACUACGCACUUGGGACACACGACACCACGUCCUGUACUGUAUCGCGUGCAGAUCGGAUCGGAUGGCAUCGCGUCGCAUGGGUGGAGAUCCGAUAGAUCGCAGCGCCUCAGGGAUGUCGAUCCGCGCGGCCCCAGAGCCGCAAUAUCGCCACUGGCGCUCCGCACGGGGUCUAUCCUGCCCUCUGCCCUCGGCCCCGGCCCGGCGCUCGUUCGCGGCCAGGGCAGGGCUCGCUCUCUUCGCAGAUCAUACUACUAUCUCUCCGUAUCUUCGGAUCUGCACCUCCACCCCCGCUGGGCGACGCGGGAUGCGGACGGCGUGUGGGGUGGCGUACCGGGCGGGGACGCGCGACCACGAGCCCGAGGCUGUGGUCCGGAGGAAGAUGGCCCGGCUGAACCCAAUUCCGUAAACAUCGAUAGCAGGAGAUAUCAUGCGAUGCCCUUGCAAAGCCAAAGCAAAGCCAAAGCAAAGCCAAAGCAAAGCAAAGCAGACCCAUCGAACGCUGCUCACGCGCCGGCUCAUUCCGUCUCUUCCCUCCCCAUGGUGGCCGACCCCACGGCCAUCCCCACCACCAUCGCCGACCUCGACCAGACUUUCGGGCCGGGCCUCUUCUUAUCUGACCUCGAGCCUCCCCCACCCACCCCCCACGCUCGGAAGGAAAGGCAGCAGCCCCGGGAGAUACGUAGUACCGUAGCAGUACAGUACAUCGAUGACGGAGUCCCCUAUCCGGGCCGCCCAAAGUCAAACACGACGACUCCUGUCCGGUCGUGGAUGAGCAGAACGAGCUCGAAAAACCAAAACCAAAACCAAAACCAAAACAAAAACGUGGGAUGCGCGAGUGGAUGGGUAGCUGUGGACGGUGGACUGUGGACUGUGGAUGACCGAUUGGUGGGUUCCCCUCCCCUUUCCGGAGCCCGUUCCCACGACUACUGGCCUGGCCCUCCACGCCCUCACGGACGGCGGGUCUUGCUGUGA